AUGAUGUUUCUUAAUCCAUUGAGCGGUAGCAGUUCUUUAUAUUCGGAAGCGAAUACUUUAGUAUAUGAUGAAAUAAAUGAUGCAGCCUUUGUUCGCCAAGAGUCAUUUCUUGGGAAAAGAACUGCCGGAAAUUUAACUAUUGUUUCUGGAAGAAACACUGUUAAUGGACGGUAUAGGACAAAGAAAGGCAUAAUUUCAACUUCGAACACUGUUGAUGGGGAGUCAGCAGAAUCGACAGUACUCGCUACGAAGAAUUUAAGUAAUUGGUUGAUUUAUCCACUACGUAAGAUAGGCAGCAUGAAUCAGCUAAAAUUACAAAAGGUGAUCCAUGAUGCAAUACACGAGAAGCAAAUGGAAUUAUUAGAAGAUGAAUCAACAAGACAGUAA